GCCGGGCCGCUCAUUGGUGCAGCUCGUUUGCCACGACCUUUGUCAAUGGAUGACGUAUGGGUUAAACAGCAUGCAUGGAAGCAUGUGACGGCAAGAACUUGAACACCACACCAGAACUUGGGAAUUAGGGUCAAAUUUCAGAGAGUUUCCCAUAAUAAAACAGUAUCCAGACAGAGGUUCUAUGUACCAUCUGCGGAAAUUGAACUUCUGGAUCAGUUCAACUCAUUGAAUUCGUAUCAACAGCCAUCAACUUGAAGUCGCAUCACAAAGAUGAAGCGAGUACUUCUGCUUUGCUUCAUCCACGGGUUCAGGGGAAGUGACUUCACUUUCGGGGAUUUCCCGCAGCACCUGAAGGAGACUGUCAGCAACAACCUGCCAGAGCACGAGGUUACCUCGGUCGUCUACCCCAAGUAUGAAACGUCAGGAGAGCUCGCACAGAGCACCGGGGCGUUUCUGGAAUGGCUAAAAGAGCGGGUGAUCGAGCUGAGAAAGGCCCAUCUCGACAUCCCGUGGCCUCCCAAUGACAGGAGGGUGGGCGUCAUUCUGGUGGCGCAUUCGAUGGGCGGCUUCGUAGCAAGCGACAGCCUCUUCCGCAUCCUCGACGAGCGCCGCUGCGAGGCGACAGGCUCCUCCUCCUCCUGUUUCUCCUCCUUGUCCGGCGGCCCCAGUAGCAUCAACAUCUUCCCUCUGAUCCAAGGCAUCCUCGCCUUCGACACGCCCUACAACGGCCUGGCCCGGUCGAUGUUCGUCUACGGCGCCUUCUCCAACUACCAGAAGGUCAGCAACGUAUUCAACAUCAUGACCGCCCUCUCGGCCGCGACGCCCGCCGCCCUCUCCCGCCUGGCCUCUAAGCGGGCCGUCAGCUCCGCCACGGGACGCAUCGCUAAAUCCGCCUCGUCUUCUUCCCGCACCAGCAGUCCAGCCUGGAAAGCGUGGCAGCUGAUCGCCAUGCGCACCGGCACGGUGGGCGUGAUCGCCGCCGGCGGCGUGGCCGCCUACACGCACCGCAAGAAGAUCCUGGAGGGCCUGCGCGCCGCGCGCAGUCUGACCAAGGAGGAUGUCGUGCAGGGGUAUCAGCAGUCGGUCGACGCGCUGGGCCAGGGGCUGGCGUAUGUGAACCGGGGCAAUAUCGGGGAGUCGUUUGCCUGGCUGUCCGACCACUUCACCUUUGUCGGGUCGCUGCUGAAGCAGAAUGAACUCUCCCGGAGGCUGGAAAGGUUGGCUGCGCUCAGGGGCGUGGGGGUGUGUGAUGUGUACGCGUCCCUGGGUGAGAAUGGGUAUUGGAGUGGGGGGUAUUUCGUGCCAGAGAGGACGUUCUGUGCGGUUCCGGCGAAGGAGGAACCGACUGCGAAACUGUUCACUAGGCAUGUGCUGGAGGGGGCGAAGGAUGAGAUUGUGGCGCACGUCAACUUGUUUAGGCGGGAGAAGAACAAGGAGUAUGAGCGGAUGACCAACGACGCGGCGAAGUUGAUUGUGGAAUGGUUCAACGACGAGACGGAGAUCUACGACGACCCCAAGUUUGCUGAGGCGCCGCCUGCCGAGGCAGAGGAGACCGAGGCCAUCGCCAAGGCGGUCGACAGCGAAGGGGUGGCCAUAACGGAAGGGAAGGAAGCCGAGCAGGGGAUUCAGGACGACAUAGAGAUGACCACCGACGACGGCAGCGUGCCGGAUGAAUCGCCGAUCGACAUCGCCGCGGCCGCUGCGCUGGUUCCCCUUCCCGACGAUAUCGAGGGCGACAUCGCUCAAGAGGGAGGAGGAGGAGAAGAGCACCCGAAGUCGGACGCGGCCGAGCAGAAGAAGGCCUACCUGCGCCAUCUGUUCGGCGUUGCGCAGCAGACCGGCACCAAUCUGCGGUCCUACCUGCCGUCGAAGAUCCCCACGGUCGAGAUGCCCAAGGUGUCGAUGCCCAGCGUCAACCUGCCGAACAUGCCGGCCAUGCAGAUGCCCAGUAUCCCGGCUAUGCCCAGCAUGCCGAGCAUGUCGCUGCCGACGCGCAUGAACCCGUUCGCUAAGAAGUCGACGGCGGGGGAGGCAGGAAGGGAGGCGCAGGGGGAGGCCAAAGAGGCAGGGCAGGAUGGUGAGCAGAAUGACACCACUGAGACCAAGCCGGUCCACGAGGAGAUUGCAGCCUCUACGUAGAAAGUUGGGAUGGGGGAAGUUACUCGAUGGUUUCGAUAGGAUUGGGUUAGGAAGGGCUACCGGAGACUACAGGUCUAUACGUUUGUUCAUGCUGACUUUGUGGCUUUGUUAUUUUGGUCUAGUUGAUUUUGUGUCAGGCAUGGUUUGAUGUGAGGGCGUACGUCUACAUCUAUGCUCUUUCACGCGGUACAUUAUACAUACACAUCGAUGCUCGGUGUCGCUUCCGGUAAGCUGCCAACCAAGCGCUUGAGC